ACAGCUCCCGGUGCCGCCGCCGCCGGCCCCCCGCGGGCCCAGCCUGGCCAUGGCCGCGGCCUCCUCCCCGCCCAGGCCCGACAAGAAGCGCUGGGGCUGCGGCCGCCUGCCGGGCUCCCGGCGGGGCAGCGCGGGCCUGGCCAAGAAGUGUCCCUUCUCGCUGGAGCUGGCGGAGGGCGGCCCGGCGGGCGGAGCGCUCUACGCACCCAUCGCGCCGCCCGGCGCCCCGGGGUCCGCGCCCCCCCCGUCCCCCGCCGCGCCCCCGAGCGCCGCCGACCUUGCUGCGCGGCCGCCCGUGAGCCUGGACCCGCGCGUCUCCAUCUACAGCGCGCGCCGCCCGCUCCUCGCGCGCACCCACAUCCAGGGCCGCGUCUACAACUUCCUCGAGCGUCCCACCGGCUGGAAGUGCUUCGUCUACCACUUCGCAGUCUUCCUCAUCGUCCUGGUCUGCCUCAUCUUCAGUGUCCUGUCCACCAUCGAGCAGUAUGUCGCCCUGGCCACAGGGACCCUCUUCUGGAUGGAGAUUGUCCUGGUGGUAUUCUUUGGGACGGAGUAUGUGGUCCGCCUCUGGUCAGCAGGCUGCCGCAGCAAGUAUGUAGGCAUCUGGGGGAGGCUGCGCUUUGCCCGGAAGCCCAUCUCCAUCAUUGACCUCAUCGUGGUCCUGGCCUCCAUGGUUGUCCUCUGCGUGGGCUCCAAGGGGCAGGUGUUUGCCACCUCGGCCAUCAGGGGCAUCCGCUUCCUCCAGAUCCUGAGGAUGCUGCAUGUGGAUCGCCAGGGAGGUACCUGGAGGCUGCUUGGCUCUGUGGUCUUCAUCCAUCGCCAGGAGCUCAUCACCACCUUGUACAUCGGCUUCCUGGGCCUCAUCUUCUCCUCGUACUUCGUGUACCUGGCCGAGAAGGACGCCGUGAACGACUCGGGCCAAGUGGAGUUUGGGAGCUAUGCAGAUGCCCUGUGGUGGGGAGUGGUCACGGUCACCACCAUCGGCUACGGGGACAAGGUGCCCCAGACGUGGGUUGGGAAGACCAUCGCCUCCUGCUUCUCUGUGUUUGCCAUCUCCUUCUUUGCGCUCCCAGCGGGGAUUCUUGGCUCUGGCUUCGCCCUAAAGGUCCAGCAGAAGCAGAGACAGAAGCACUUCAAUAGGCAGAUCCCGGCGGCAGCCUCGCUCAUUCAGACGGCGUGGAGGUGCUACGCGGCCGAGAACCCCGACUCCUCCACCUGGAAGAUCUAUGUCCGGAAGCCUGCCCGGAGCCAUGCCCUGCUCUCUCCCAGCCCGAAGCCCAAGAAAUCUGUCAUGGUAAAGAGAAAGAAGUUCAAACAAGACAAGGACAAUGGGGUGAGCCCCGGAGAGAAAAUGCUCACGGUCCCCCACAUCACAUGCGAACCCGUCUCGGAGGAGCGGAGGCCAGACCACUUCUCCGUGGACAACUGCGACAGCUCUGUGAAGAAGAGCCCCAUGCUGCUGGAGGUGAGCACAGCCCACUUCAUGAGAACCAACAGCUUCGCCGAGGACCUGGACCUCGAGGGGGAGACGCUAUUGGCGCCCAUCACCCAUGUGUCACAGCUGCGGGAGCACCACCGGGCCACCAUCAAGGUCAUUCGGCGCAUGCAGUACUUUGUAGCCAAGAAGAAAUUCCAGCAAGCGCGGAAGCCCUACGAUGUGCGGGACGUCAUUGAGCAGUACUCCCAGGGCCACCUCAACCUCAUGGUGCGCAUCAAAGAGCUGCAGAGAAGGCUGGACCAGUCCAUCGGGAAGCCCUCCCUCUUCAUCUCCGUCUCAGAGAAGAGCAAGGACCGUGGGAGCAACACGAUUGGGGCGCGCCUGAACCGAGUAGAAGACAAGGUGACACAGCUGGACCAGAGGCUGGUGCUCAUCACGGACAUGCUUCACCAGCUCCUCUCCUUGUACCAUGGUGGCCCCCCAGGUGACCGCCCUCCCAGCGGGAGCGGGGUCCAGGUGGUUCAGCCCUGCAGUUCCAUCAACCCCGAGCUCUUCCUGCCCAGCAACACCCUGCCCACCUACGAACAACUAACUGUGCCCCGCAGGGGUCCCGAAGAGGGGUCCUGAUAGGGGCUUGGGGCCCCAGGCCUGCAAGGGAAGGUGCAGAGAUGCCCUGUUCAGCCUGGCCCACCUCCCACCCAGCAGGGGCACCCCACUCCCCAGGUCACUGGCACCUUCCUCAAAGGCUCAAGAGACAAGCCCCUCCUUCCCAGGCCCCAGAGCCCCCCAGGGGCCAGGCCACCCUGAGAGCCCCAGCCAGUGGGUACUAGAACUUGACUGGGUCUGGGGGCCCCUCUCUGCUCUGAGACCAUGGCUCCCCACCUCAUUUGUAUGGCAGUUGGGACACAGUGGCAGGGCUCAGUCUCAACCACCCCCCCCAGGGGGGCUGGCAUCCUAGGCACUUGUUCCAUCCCAUGUAUGGCCAAGAAACAGCACAGGUGCAUGAAGGCCCACCUGGGUGGCCCAGGGGCUUCCUGAGUGGAGACAGAGGGACAGUCUGGACAGGGUCUAUGGGUACCCCACCCCCAGGCUCGGACCCAGGACCCAGGGAGGAGGCAGGUAGGGCAGGGCAGGCCCAGCCCAUGCCAAAUCCAGGAUGACCAUAAUCAAGGCCUAGAAGCCUCACUCAGAGGGCCCCGGGCCUGGGACGUGCUCUCCACUUGGCCGUGCUCUCCACUCUGCAGAGACACCGGCUCUGGGGGCCAGGACUGUGGGGGAGGGGACCCUGAGGCCACUGCUGUCCCCGAGGUGUCCACUGGGGGUGGAACGUCCCCCACUUUGGACUGGCAGCUUCUCCUGCCCACUGCCCCCUGCACGGCCCCCACCUCCACUCCACACCAGGUCUGAGCCGCUGAGAAGAAUGGCCCCGGGCGGCUGCUGAGCGAAGGGGGCGCGUGGGUGUCACGAUCCCCGCACAAGACAGGGGCUCCUCCUGGGCGUCAUGUCUCACAGAAAUCAGAAUAAUUUGUGGUGAUUUGGAAUCUGUGUUUUAAUGAGUUUCACGGUGUGGUUUUGAUUGUUAAUUGUGGCGCUUUUCCUAAUAAACGUGGA